UCUCUUCUGUCGCUGCUCUCGCUGUGAAUUUGAUUUUCUGUUUGACUUUGGACCAGCCUCGACGACCACAAACACCCACAACCGAAAGCCGAUGAAGGGUGCAGCCAUGCAAAGGGCCAUUGCAGGCUCGAUGCUGCUCCCGACAGUCAGUGCAGGCUUCAAGGACUACGUCAAGGGCGAGGCCAAAUCCAGUGUCGUGUCCAAGGCCACUGCAGCAGCUGCCUCGGCUGCGACAAGUCUUUCUGCUUCAGCAGCGAGUGCUACAGCCUCGAUUGCAGCACGGCCAACUAGCAUACCGGAACUCUUCACCGGAUUCUUUGUCCGCAAUCCACCACACACCCUCAUUCUAGAGGCCUGCCUCCUUGCUGCCAUCGCUGGCUGGAUCGUAUUGCACUUUGUCGGUUGCCAGCAGAAUCAAGUCGCUGCGAAGCGUGCAUUCACCAAAGUCUAUGGGAUCCUUGGCAGGGAGUUUGAGCAAGUUGGCCUGAAGGCGUUGUCUGACGGAGGCGCACCCAUGAGCAUGGAGAGCAACGACGCCUUCAUCUCCCUUGCACAAGGCCGCAAGAAUGUCGAUGUGUGCAAAGUCACAGUCGACAUGUACCCGCGUCAAGAUUUGAUUGUUGCAUUACCCGUCAGGACCAUCUAUGGACUGUACUUUGAUGGCGAAAGUAUUGCUGACCGCUUGACUUGCCAGUUUUUGCUUCCUGCCAACGCCGAUGUUGAUGGUUUCGUCUGCGGCGUCGUGGCUAAGCGUGUUAUGCGUUACCAGCGCAAGAAGUGCUGGGACUUGCAAUUCACCAAGACGAAUGACAGUGCUCUGCUGCCUCACCAAUUUGUCACCAUGACGGAGACGGUGGAAUGCCUUGAAAAGGUGCUCACCAAGGACUUACAGGCUGUUGUCGCUGAUCUUGGCGAAGCACUCGAGUACUUUGUCAUUACAGACCAGCCCGUCACGCAGCCACGCAAAGCUGAUGCGCCGCUCACCCAUCAGCGUGCCAUUCGUUUCUCUGUGCUUGCUGGCGAAACUGCUGCGACACGAGAAAACGUUGAACGUCUUGUACAAUGCGCAUUGACACUUUGUGAUACCCUCCCCAAGGCACAAGGCAAGCUUUCUGCCGUGACUACGCGCAAGCUGCAGCAAGCGCGUGAGGAGACGUAUGGCAAGAUUCGCAAGCAGAUUGAGGAAGAGGCGAAAGCGGACGCGCCCAAGAAGCCAUCUCGCAAGGCGUUGCGUGAGAAGGCAGAGAAGGAGCGGAUUGCCAAGCUGAGUGCAUCAGAGCAGAAGAAGGCUCUGUUGAAGGAGAGAGAGCGAAACAUGAAGCGAGGCCAGAGCAAAAUGGCGCGUGCAAAGUAGAACAUGCUCAUACAUGAGUACUGCUUGCUUGAUGUGCCGUCGAAAGUUGUCAGACUAGCUAUCGACUCGUGCUCAAUACGGUGUAACCCCUCAACUUCUCCACCUCUAUGACUUGACUGCAUACAGAUAUCAAAAGUGACUCGAGCGAAUUCAUCUGAUCCGCACACGCUUCAGGACCGGGAUAUCGAUCUGGCAGCUGGUUUAUGCUCCUCCUGCCUUAAAUGCUUGAACAUCUUCUUCGCUAUGCUACUUGCCAUCUGGCUCGGACAAUAAGUGUGCGUGU